GGCUGAUUGCUUGAUUGAACGCCGAGGCGCUCACUCUUAUACCUGUAUGCACCUUCCACAUUGUGACUGAGGCGGCUCCUUCUCUCUUCCCAACCACAAGCAGUUAAAUUGUUUCUUCUUGACCGUUUGCAGCGCCCGGCAGUCGCUCUUUAUCGGCCAAGAUGUAUCUCUCCCUCUCCGUCUUGCUAGUACUCGUUUCAACAUAUGCAGCCUCUGCAUACACCCCUGCGUCCACGUCCGGGUCCGACCUCCUCGCCGCCCAGAGUCUGAUCAAGCUCAGUGCGGCCGUCGCGGAUGGCAGUCUGAAGAAAGCCCUCGCGGCCCAGGGCGUGCCCCAAACGUGCAAGAUCGAGAACCUGGCCAUCCGCCGCGAGUACUCAACCCUGGCCGACGAUGAGAAGUUGGCGUACACGAAGGCCGUCAAGUGCCUCAUGGCCAAGCCCGCCAUCACCUCUUCGACGCUUGUUCCGGGUGCUAAAUCCCGCUACGAUGACUUCGUCGCAACACACAUCAACCAGACUUUGACGAUCCACGGCUGUGGUUCGUUUUUGUCGUGGCAUAGGUAUUUCAUCCAUACUUUCGAGACUGCGCUUCGCGAUGAGUGUGGAUACACGGGAUACCUGCCAUACUGGAACUGGGGCAAGUCUUCACUAGACCCUAUCAACUCACCAUACUUUGACGGCAGCCAGUAUGCACAGGGUGGCAAUGGUGUAUACGAGGAACACAACUGCUCUAUAGGUCUUCCCAGUGGUCUCCUAUGCAUCGAGCCUGGUCAAGGCGGUGGCUGUGUCGAAACUGGUCCUUACGCCGGAGUCAUGGCCAACAUCUCUGCCACACAGCCCUCGUUCACUGGCGUGUCGCCUGGGAAUACGUCUUUCGCAUACGAGCCUCGCUGCAUAAGACAUGACAUAUCCGUCGAGCUAGCCAACAAAUGGGCCGGAGACUCACAUUCAGUCGAUCUCCUCAGUAACCCGCUUUACCAGACGGGUAUCGGUGCUUUCCAGGAUCGGCUCCAAUAUACUGGAAACGACACGGUUGGAUGGUACGGGUUGCACCAGUAUGGUCACUUCUCCGUGAACGGCGACCCAAGUGGAGAUGUCUAUAACUCCCCUAACGAUCCCAUCUUUUGGUUGCAUCAUGGAAAUAUUGACAGAGUUUGGUGGAUCUGGCAAAACCAGAACCCCAUUGAUCGUGCUUUUCAGAUUGCCGGCACACGUACGCUCUUCAACAUGCCACCUAGUGACAAUGCCACCGUGGAAGACAUGAUCGACCUUGGAGUGAAUGCACCGGCAGUUCCUAUUAAGAACCAUGUCAGCUCGGUCGGGGGUGACUACUGUUACAUAUAUGUGUGAGGUAAUAGGGGCAGACGAUAGAUGAUGCGUUCACACGCGAUAAUGCCGGAUACGUUUAUAUGUGGACUAUACAUAUUGUUGGCGAGCUCUAGUAAUGUUCAUAUAGCAUAAAAUGUAAUUACGUAAUGGAUAAUCCCAUCUGCC